CUUUGCCUUUCUCACACUCUCACAUCAUGAAGUCUACAGUUACUUCCGUGGGUAUUUUGCUCUACCUCGCUCGAGCAAGUCAAGCACUUCUCAGUGGCAAUGGCACAGUCACAGUCACGUCAUUUUUGCCUGCGAUUACUGUCUCGAGCUGUCCACCUUCUGGCAUAGCGCCUUCCCAGGUUGCCCCUGUCAGUUCCUCGGGCAUGGCAAACACUCCAGUCUAUACCACGGUUCUCACUCAGCCAUGCCCAAGUGGCUUCGUCCCUGUAACCUACACAGUCACAGGCCAGCCUACCAAUGUUCCACCAGGCUUCACCACCGGUGUUGCGGUCGUGAACAGCAAAACGGAACUUGUCACCUACCCUACCGCUUCUGCAUCGGAAUAUAUGCAAUCGAGCUACAUCUCCACUAUUAGCACUGGAGGUGGUGUUGCCAGUGGGAACUCUGGAUCUGGUACGACCGCCGUAACCCCUUCUGCUGUUGGAGGGAAUGCUGGGUUGGGUAGCUCUCAAGGUGGCCCACUCGGCGCCGCAAACGGCGGUCCGGGACCAGCAAGCAGUCACGGCAUCGCUGCGUCCAAUGCUGGUUCCCCUUCAGCUAUCAGCAGUGGUGCGACCGUUCCAUCUGGGGCGGCUGGCUCAGGUGUGGACGUAUCGAGUGCUGGUGGCUCACCCACCACGCAACCUAAGGCAUCGUCCAACAGUACUAUGCCAGCGUCGACGUCAAGCAUGGCAGUCUUCACUGGUGGCGCCAGCACAGGUCGUGUUUCCGUCAGCAAUGUAGGGCCCAUAUUGGCCGUGCUAUUUGCUGGAGCUGUCUUGAUCUAGAGCGAAGGGCGAAGAGAAGGCGUGCGUCGCGUGGUGGAGGAGCUGAGUUUCUGGUGGCGUUUGGCGGUUAUAUUGUAAUUAGCCCUGUAGUGUUAGUUGCAACUCCAACGAAGUCACGUUCACAGUUUUUCA